AUGCGUCGAAGAAAAUUAGCUACGAAGGUAGAAAGUCAUUUAAUCGAAGAAUUAGAAGAGAAAAUAAGAAGACUGGAGAGGAAGAUAGAAGAAAGAUCCCGAUCAAGGUCGGCGUCCCCUCGCCGCUAUGGCGGGUAUGGUCGACCACGCUAUUUUACAAGAUCUAGUUCAAGAUCCGAAACAUACUCCAGGUCCGCCUCAUAUUCGAGGUCACCAUCUCCGCCUGCGGCGUCGAGAAGCAGAAGCAGGUCUCCAUUGAUUGUCAUUGAGACUAGAGAUGACCUCCCCGGUGAUCCCGGUGCAGCGAUUGAAGCGUCGAAAAUUGAAAAUGGCGGAAAGGAAAGAGGUACAACAGCAAGUGAAGAGUUAAGCGAAGAAAUUGUAGCCUUACUUGGUGAAGCACCGGAGAAGAUUGUGUUUAGCCCUAACCUUCUGGAGCAGCUUGCUUCUCGUUGGCAAGAUAUUAUUAAGAAAGGAUUAAACAAGGAAGAAAGGGACAAACUAAUAAAAAAGUAUCCGGUUCCGGAAAACUGUAAAGUAAUUGGUGCCCCAAAAAUGAAUUUGGAAGCCCAGAGUGCCGCCGGAGAUACUCUUGUUAACAGGGAUAAGGCCAUAGAACAGAAACAAACUGAAGUCUCUUGUGCACUAACCGCUAUUGGUUUGGCCCUUAACAAAUUGUGUGUUGCUGGUAACGAAGAAAUCAUAACCUUGCUGAGUGACUCUGGUCGUCUCUUGUGCGACUACCAACACAGGGAGUCACAACUUAGAAAGAUGUUUAUAACUUCAGGUCUCGACAACAAGACAGCACGUGAGACAUUAAAAGACUGCGACGUGGACCAAUGGCUUUUCGGAGAAAACUUAGCCGAAAAAUUAAAGGCUUCAAAAGCCAUUGAACAAACAAGCAAGGAUUUGAAGAGUACAAAAAGACCCAAGAAAGCAGCGAAUAAUUUAAACUUCAAGGGCCCAGCCAACAACACUUACAGACCGAGAGCCCGGGUUCAGAAACAGCACAACCGCAAACCAAACAUCACCACCUCUUCUGCGAAACACCAGCACCAUCAGCAGAAGCGUCGCACUCAGCGCCAUCAUCACUACAGCAGCCGCCGUUAAGUGAUCAGCAACCAGCAGUUUCAACGACGUCUUAUCCUGGUUGCCGCGGUGCUCUCCGGGCAGCGCUAUCGCUGAGAGGGGUGUCGGCGGCGACGGCCGACAUCAUGUUGCAGUCCCUCGCGCCCAACACCA